CUCUCCAGCUAGCGCGGGAAAUUAGAAAUGGAGUCUGAAUUGGAUGCAGAGCAGCAGAAGGUCGAGGAGGGAAUAAAUCUCACAGAAGAAUCUGAAAUUAAAGGAGUGAUUUCAAAUGAAACUUCAGAUGAGCCUGAUGGAGCACGGAUGAUGCACCUCAGGAAUGCAUUGAGGAAAACAAUCCGAAAGUGCAUUGAUUCUGCCAAGUUCAGUACCUUCAACAAGCACUAUGGGAAGCACAUGAAAGAUAGAAAUCCACAAGCCUUGAAGAGUCUGCUGCAGCAGUUUAAAGAACAGCUGGAGAAAUCCAUCAAGGAAGAGAUUGAACUGAUGAUUGAUGAAGAGAAUUUAGUUCAUUUGUUUAAUGAUCUUGACAAGCUUGUAGAAGAGGCAAGCGAUGAGGACACCCAAGUAGCAUGGCGGCCUUCUGGUGAACCAGAGAAAGAUUGUCUUGCUCAAGUUUACAGGGAAAAGCUGAAGGAGAAAGAGAAACUGGAGAGAGUUCUACAGCAAGUGGAAGCAGAGGGCGGGAGACUCCAAGAAAUUGUGAAAGGCCAGAGACAAAAGCUUGGAAAGACUCAAACAAAGAUCAAGCAACAUCUAGAGGCAUUCAAUCAGGCUGCUGUUGCAUGCGACCAAGUUCCCGUAACCCAACUUGAAACGGUCCUCCGUCAAUUAAGCUCAACAUCAGGAAUGUGAGGGAUCUAGUCCUUUGUAAAGUUCCAAUAACCCAGCUCAAGAGGGUCUUCAUCUUUUACUCUCCUUAACACCUGCUAUUAACGAAACUGCCUUCAUGUGUCGAGUUCCAAUAUGACCCAGCUCUAGUUCAUUCAUCUGUUACGCUCCUCAACGCCUGCAUUGUGACAAAUGUCAAAAUCAUGUGCCUUAUACUUUACUUCUAUAUAGAUCUAAAUUGGAGCUUUCUUGUUAGAGGGGGGAUAUAAACUUUUAUCUAGUAAUUGAAUUAUUGGAUAAUGUCUCAAAACAUGAUAAUUGUCACAAAAAAUCCUGAAAUAUAUUCCAACUUUUUUAAGCUCCGGAAGACUUGCAUCAUAGUAUUUUGACUUUGGACGCUGCCUACCAAAGUGUCAAUGUCAUCCGAACACGCGCCCAAGCUCUACAAACUGUCUGCUUUAACUAUAGCGUGUAGUGCUCUGCGGAGCUCAGCUAAUCACCGGUGUUAACACUCUCGCUGGGCACAGAAAGAAGAGGAUUGCACGAUCAGCCAAUCAGCAUCCAGGGAUUCCGUCUACUGCGAUGGUGUGGGAUUCUUCUAUGUUUGGAAGCGAAAAGAAAACAAAUUCAAUGCCUUGGAUUAGGUUUUGUUUGGCACCUGGCCAUGGAGGGGAAAAUGGUAUGCCCUGAGAGGAAAAUUGAGUGUUGAAAUGGGUGUCCCCUCUGAGGAACGUACCCACUGUCCAAAAUAUACACCCCCCUCCGCCCCCCGGGGAAACAGUGCCCAGAUUGGGAAAGUUCUCAAAAUUCUGAUCAAAGAGUUCAAUACUGAAUCUGGAAGAAAAAUAUCCUGUUGUGGGAGGGGUAUGAAUGCAUGCAUUUGAACAUAGUCCUUGGAAUCCAAGGAAAUUCUUUUUUGUGGAUACAUUUUACAAUUAUGAAGGAAGCCUUAAUAACGUUUUGCGGCAUCAGUGUUUUUGUAAAAUAAAAAUAUACUGGUAUAUUGAAAUAAUGAAAUGCAAAUAAUGAUCCAAGUUUUAAUUAUUUCUUGAGAGAAUGUGCCCCCUUUUCAUUUUGAAUUCUUAAUUUCACAAAUUCAAUUAGUCAUACAUCCCAUGUAUAUGAUGUCCUUAGGCAUCCCAUCAGUAGUCAAAUUAGAAUCUGUUGGAAAACUUUGUGAAGCAUGAGGCUAAUCUGCCACAAGGACCAAAAAUAAUGCCUAUUCCAGUAUGAAAAAUUCAAUUAAACAAGCAUCAGAUGCAUCCCAUGUUAUUCAGAUCAUGAAAUUUUAUUUCACUCUGUUGAAGCAAGUGAUUUUUUAAAAAAUUGUUGGGGUGUACUUGGCCUUCAGUGAGGCUCCUCAGAGUAUGAUGCCAGGUUCCUACUGCUGAUUUAUCGACUCAAUCUGGAUCGAUCAAGCCAAUAUUUGGGGACAGGUUCAGAAUAUUUGUGUAGGAAUCUAGAGCCAUGUCAAUCAAGAUAGAAUGAUACAUUACCAAUCAUGACAGAAUCCCAAAUACCAUAUCAAUCAGGCCAGACCAACCUGUGCCCCGUUGCUAUUUACUAUUUUGGUAACUUUCAUGGAAUCCUUGAUUUUGAUUGGCUGAUGAGCAUUGUUACCAUGGUAGUUACCAUUGGACGGCAAAGUUACCAAAAUAGAAACUUUUAUGCAACGGGGCCCAGGUUGAAUGAAGUGAUCGGGCUUCAUUGAGCCAAACAUUUCAGCAGUGAGAACUUGGCAUAAAGUAUGUAUACAUGCAGAUUUAUGUCAACAUAAACAUACACACAAAAGUGAUAAAGAUGAGCAUUUUAUAACUUUUUUAAAUAUUCAUUUAUGUAUUGUAUUUAAUGUAUAUAUUUGUAUAUAAAAGCAUUAAAAUUAUACAAAAGAACA